UUUCCCACUCCACUCGCUGCUGCUUACCAAAAAAUUUCCUACCAUUUUCUGUUUGGCUUCCAAGAAAACAAUCCAGAAACGGGAAGUAAUUUUCAUUUUCCGAUUAUAAUUAGUGGCUUUCAUUUUCACUGCGCCCGUCAUACCGAUGAAGUGAAGAAAAAAGUCCUAAAUUCGAUAUAAUCGGAAAAAGAAAAGGAAGAAAACAGAAGAUGGGUAUUGAGUCGGAGGCGAGCAACUCGAAGUCAGCAACGGCGUCGUAUGAUGCUGCGGCGGCGGCGGCAGCGGCGGCGGGGGAGGGAGGGUGGAAUAAGGCGAGAGGAAUGGUGGUGAAAACGCUGGUGCUUAUUGGAGGAGCUCUCUUGCUUAAACGCCUCACCAAGUCCACCACGCGCUGGGACCACGCGCGUCUCGUCUCACGCUCCCUCUCUGGCGAGAAGUUCUCCAAGGACCAGGCUUCUAGAGAUCCCGAUCAUUACUUCAAUUUCAGAAUGCUAACAUGUCCUGCAGCCGAAAUGGUGGAUGGCUCCAAGGUUUUGUAUUUUGAACAGGCAUUCUGGAGGACUCCUCAGAAGCCCUUUCGGCAGAGAUUCUACAUGGUGAAGCCUUGCCCUAAAGAGUUGAAAUGUGAUGUUGAGCUAAGCACGUACGCCAUUAGAGAUGCAGAGGAGUACAAGAACUUCUGUGAUCGCCCGAAAGACCAGCGCCCAUUGCCUGAAGAAGUUAUUGGGGCGCAGGAUAUUGCAGAACACUUAACAACAAUACACCUCAAGCGUUGUGAUCGCGGGAAACGCUUAUAUGAAGGGUCAACUCCACCUGUGGGGUUUCCUAAUUCAUGGAAUGGAGCAAGCUACUGCACAUCAGAACUUUCAAUUUUGAGAAACAAUGAAAUUCAUGUUUGGGAUCGGGGCUAUGACGAUGACGGGAACCAAGUUUGGGGACCAAAGGAUGGCCCUUAUGAAUACAAGCCCGCACCUGCCUCUAGUAACAAUGAUAUGUUUUCCCCUUUCAGUUUCCCUAUUCAACAGUCCACGGAGAAGAGAAUCGAGGGCUCAUUUGUGUUGCGAGAAUGAUCAUUAGUUUAUAAUCAUGAUAUGUAAAUUGUUUACUGCAAUCUUGUCAAUUUUGUUUUGUUGAUAUAGUCCUCGGUGUUAAAUAGUUAGCAAGAUUUCAUAGUUGCUGGUGUUCUAGAAAGUCUAUCAGAAUUGUUACAUGUUAAAGAAAACAUCUCUAUCAUAGGGAUUUGUUCAUGGUGAGAUAUAAUGAAGUUGGUUUUCGAAUGAAAGCUCGACUGUGUAAUUAUUGCUACAUCUUUCUGCACAAAGAUGGAAAGAA